AUGAGCAGCAACCCGCGUCCCGGCUACACUCCAGCCCAAAUCUACCAAUACUACGACCGCAUCAAUCUCUCCGAACAAUACCGCCAUGAGCCCGGCAAUGCCAGCACAAACAUUGCUUCGAAGACUUCCACUGGCCUCGUGUUUCUGAGUGCCCUCCAACGCUAUAACCUCGCUCACAUCCCCUUUGAGAACCUAGACUUGCAUUACAGCUCCCACCAUAGCAUCAGAAUCGAUGUCCAACAGAUAUUCGACAAGAUUGUCGUAGGAAAAGAUGGAAAGAAAGGACGCGGCGGAUACUGUAUGGUCAACAAUGCCCUCUUCGCCAACGUCCUCCGCGGUCUCGGCUUCCACGUUACCAGCCAUGGUGCCCGUAUCAGCAGUUCCGUGAGCGCAGCAAAAGAUAUCCCUCUCGACCAAGUCACCUUCUCAGGCUUCAGCCACAUGGUCAAUCUCGUCUCCUUCCCAGACAACCCAACCUUGAAAUAUCACGUCGAUGUUGGAUUUGGCUCUGGUGGUCCUACCUUCCCUGUACCUUUACAGCACGACGAGGAGGGUAGACUAAACAUACAGCCAAAUCAAUGGGCCAGAGUCAUCCACUCGCCCAUCCCCGGCACUACCUCUGACCAAAAGCUCUGGGUAUAUGAAAAGCGCAAUGGCGAUCAGAACUGGUCUCCUUGCUAUUGUUUCGCCGAAACAGAGUUCCUCGAGUCAGAUUUCAAAGUCAUGAAUCAUUGGACUAGCACUAGCAAGGAUUCUUGGUUUACGCAGAUGCCUGUUUGUCUCAGGAUGCUGCUAGACGAUAGCGGUGACAAGAUCGUGGGCCAUAUGCAUAUCCUCAAGACUGACUUCAAGAAGCGUGUCGGUGAAGAUGCGCUGAUUAGUAGAGAGUUGAAGUCAGAAGAUGAGAGGAUAAAGGUUAUUGAGGAAGAGUUUGGCAUUCCCUUGAAUGAGGAAGAGAGGAAGGGUAUACACGGCAUGGUUUCAGAGAUAUCACAGAAUCAACUGUAG